AUGGCAACCAUCUGCGAGUUCUCAGGCAACUCCGACAUGUACGGCCUCGGAAUCCGAAUUGGGUCCUAUCUUCAAUGGUUGUCUUUGCUAGUAGCCGCCUGUUACGUCCCGAGCGAGCUACCUGGUCUGCGCACAUCAAACGCCUUCUUUGCAUCAGCAACGUUCAUCGGUCUUGUCGUCGAGACUGCUCUGAAUGACCUCGAAAUCACUGAGAUAUACAUCACCAUGUUGUUGGUAUUUGGCUCCCAAUACGUCUGGCUGACCGCAAUGCUCUGGCGCGUGUUCACCCCUUCCGACACCGAUCCCGCACCGUCGACGGACAUGGAACCACCAAACUCAAGCAGAAUGCAAUGGUUUUCCGUAAGCGAAAUGCACUGGUUUUCCUACACGCUCGUCCAAAUUGCCCAAAUCGGCUUCCAAAUGUGGUUUUGGAUAUUCGAGAUUGCAAAAUUCGCCAGAAGAGAAACUACAUGCCAGCGAUUCGGGUUCGGAUUCUACAAAUUCGGGUUGACCAGCGACGGCUUUCGAAUCCUCAACAUCAUUCUCAAGGCUUCCUUACUGGUCCUCACAAUUGUCUUGUUUGCUUUGUAUCCCCGAUACCUUCGGCAGAAAGCUGAAAUUCGAAGGGAAAGAAACCGACAUCUUGCCCCAAGGCAGCGAAAGAAAGUUCUCUAUAUGGCGUUCCAAAUCGCUUCAAUCGCCGUCGUGAUUCUUGCCAUAGAAUUGACUAUAUUGUGGAAUGGGAUUCGUGACGUGGACUGUGCUAAAACCAUCGGGCAGUUUAUUCCACUGAUGAUCAGCGUUGCUGGUGUUGUGCAGCUUCUUCUUGCGGCAUACAGAGCAAACGGGAGUGUCAUAUUGGACCGGACAUUACAACAGGGAGCAGACAUCUAUGCAAAGCUUGCUACAAGUAUACUGGGCAGACCUAGACGGGAAGACGAUGACAGGCAGAGUACUGACGAACGAGCGAGUGAGAAAGGCCCACAGAUUACUAUCAGAUCCUUAUCUGACGAGGUGUAA